AUGUCCCAUCUGGUUUUAUUCCUGCUUUUUGGAGCCUCUGUCCUCUCCAGCUCAGAAGGUGAAAACUCCACAGUCAAACAUCGCAGUGAACGGUUCUUGCCGCUAAUCUUCAAAUUUAAUCAUGCACCUAGGAAAAUUCAUAACCCGUCUCACUCAAACUCACUUACAAUACAGACCUGCCAAAGCCUAUGCCAGAAAGGCUGGAUUAGUUACAAAGGUCGCUGUUACAUGUUGAUUGAAGAGAGAAUGACAUGGACUCAAGCUGAGAAAAUUUGUUGGACUAAAAGAGCAGGAGGUCACCUAACCAGUAUCACCAGUGCAGCCGAGAAUGAGUUCCUGUAUAAACUUGCUCAGAGACAAAAGGAAACCCAAUUCUGGAUAGGCGGAACUUACCAAAAGGGGUUAUCUUUGGAAUGGACUGAUGGAUCUCUGACAACUUUCAUCCAGAGGCCUCUGUCAUCCCUUCUCAGAGCCGUUGGAAAACUAUUUAACAACUUGUUAAAAAUUAAAUUUUGCCUGACACUGAAUACCGAAGGCCAGGGUGAAUGGGGCAGCUCUCUUUGCAGCAAGAGGCUACCAUUCAUCUGCAUUUACAAACCAGACCCGACACACCCUUAA